UGGUAGUCCAGGAACGCCAUCUCUGGCUGUGUCUGGCGGACAUGAAGGACGCCGAUAAAACCCGGCUCCUGAAUGCUCCGGUUUCCCAGACCGGCCUGUUCGGCGAGACGGUCGAGGAGUUUGCGCAGCAAUUCUCCGCGGCCAAGAAGCAGACUGAGGCCAUCGCUCAGAUCAUGCCACGUCGGAAGCGUCCUGCGCCUGCCCCAUCCACGUCGGCGCCUCAGCCUGCUCCUCGCCGAGGGCGUCCUGCGGCGGCCGCCUCCGUUCCUCCCCGGGGCUCUUCUAAGAAGCAAGGAACCGGUCGUCAGCAGCCCACCCCGCCCGCUCAGCCCGCUUCAAAGGGUGGUAAAAGAAGAUCUAAGCGGCCCUGAGACGGGCGACCUAGAGAUGGAGGGGAUCGCUCUUCAGGAGGUGGUGAAGGCACCACUCCCCCCACCGGAGGAGGGCCGGUUGGGGAAUCUUUUGUUUCAUUUUUCUGUUCCGCCAACUUUUCAGUCGGCACCCACAAAUCCACAAAAAGAGCGAAUUCCACUUCCAUCUCUAGGUCUUCAGAUGAGCGCCGGAGACACGAGCGGGCUCAUAACCCCCCCUCGUUCUCCGACUCAUCAGAGGAGAACGAGAGCGACGCACGGGCUCAUAACCCCACCGCGCUCUCAGCCGGUAGGAGACAGCUACGGGCUCAUAACCCAUCGUCUCCCUCCUCCUUCGCCAGAGGGUGCAUCGAGUGGUGUGAGGUGUCUUCAGCAGAGCCUCCCUUACUCAACCACCCAGCAACGGACUCAGGUGAGUGUUAUCACACACAACACUGCUGUCGGUGCGGCCGUUACGCACACACCGGCGAUCACCUCCAUUGCGCCCGCCGCGGGUACACCGAUCGUGCCUUUAGUCCCCCUCGCACGGUAUCUGGGGGCAUGGGAACAGCUUCCCAGCCCGUCGCGUUGGCUUUUACGCACGAUUCGUCUCGGCUAUGCGAUCCAAUUUGCCCGGCGUCCCCCCAAAUUCUCCGGCGUUCGUUUCACUACGGUGAGAGCUGCCGAUGCGCACGUCCUCCGUGCGGAGAUCGCUGUCUUAUUGGCGAAAGACGCGAUCCAGCCGGUCCCUCCAGCCGAGAUGAGGUCGGGGUUUUACAGCCCUUACUUUAUUGUACCCAAGAAAAGCGGCGGCUUGCGACCGAUCCUGGACCUGCGUUCGCUGAACCGUGCACUUCACAGAAUGCCGUUCAAAAUGCUGACUCCCAAACGCAUAUUUCCAUGCAUUCGUCCAAACGAUUGGUUCGCAUCUAUCGACCUGAAGGACGCGUACUUUCACGUAUCGAUUCUCCCCCGACACAGGCCGUUUCUCCGCUUUGCGUUCGAGGGGCGAGCAUACCAGUACAAAGUCCUCCCAUUUGGGCUCUCUCUGUCGCCCCGUGUAUUCACCAAAGUAGUGGAGGGGGCUUUAAAACCCCUGAGAGAGAGAGGUGUGCGCAUUCUCGCGUAUCUGGACGAUUGGCUAAUAAUAGCUCAAACACGUCAGACGUUGUGCGAUCACAGAGAUUUAACUUUAAAACACCUCGCUCGUUUGGGUCUUCGGGUCAACUGGGAAAAGAGCAAGCUUUGCCCCGUGCGGAGAAUCUCUUUUCUCGGUAUGGAACUGGACUCGAUCGAUUUGACAGCUCGUCUAACAGAAGCGCGUGUACAGUCGAUUCUGACUUGCCUGAAUACAUUCAAGAGCAAGAGCGCGGUCCCGAGAGCGUGGCUGCGCGGCAUUCACCGUGUUAUCAUUACACCUGCGUGUCGUCGCACUUUCACUCCGUGGUUAGACCGUGCGUUUCUCCGAGCCGGUGUGCCUCUGAGACAGGUCUCCAGGCAUGCGAUAGUAUGCACAGAUGCGUCAGACACGGGGUGGGGGGCCACGUACGAUGGGAGUAUUAAAAUGCGACCGGUCAAUGUCAAUAAGGAAAACGAACCCCUGGUGUUUCAAAACCUGUACGCCGGUAUGAAGAACGAGACGCGGUCGUUUAAAUUUAAAGUAGGCGAUGUUGUGAGAAUUUCUAAAGUCAGAGGCACUUUCGCCAAAGGUUACGAGCAGAACUACACAGAAGAAUAUUUCACCGUGGCCGCGCGUGUGCCGAGACAGCCUCCGGUCUACAGACUUUCCGAUUAUGAUGGCGAAAUCAUCGACGGUGUUUUUUACGAAGAAGAGCUACAAAAAAUUAUCGUGUGCAAAGACAAGGCGUUUAAGGUAGAAAAGAUUUUAGGCGAGAAAAAACAAGGCCGAAAUACGCUCGUUUUAGUUAAAUGGUUAGGUUGGCCCGCUAAAUUUAAUAGCUACGUAGACAAAAAAGCCCUGGUGGACUUGCAACCGUCUUAA